AUUUCCAAUCAGCUCGCUUAGCCAUGGAAGAUUGCCAUCCUCCUGGGAAACGCUUCAUUGCCGGGGUGUACGUCUCGAAGCGAUAAAUAGUGGAAAAGGGGGGGUUGAGAUUGAAUGGGCAGACCUAGUUGCCAACCGCUUUCUGGUUGCAGCCCUGGUUUCAAGAUAUCGAAUCAAUCAGGAACCCCAGACAAGCGACCGAACCGACCAACUGCCGACGAAAUCUAACUAGUUGUAGAUGUUGCUCCUAUUCCAGCUGACUUGCGCCCAGUUCGCAUGGGAAUUGGAGCGGUGCGUCCUUCCUAGUCCUAGUAGAUGUCCUUGUUAUUCAUUGCUGGAUGGGCUUUCGACACCUCAGUCUAUAAGCUGUCCUCGGACGACAGCCAAGCGCUUUUUGGGAAGCAUAUUCCCUUUCACUUGAGGAGUCCAACAGGUUGAGGUACGGCCUUCGUGCCGACAAGAUUUGUGAUGGUUCGCCGACGUGUUUUCUCGUGCCUCUUCACAUUCUUCACAUAUGUGGCAUGUCAAACUAUCGCCUCGGACGAUGGCUACACCGGAUACUCCCUUUCCGUUACUGGGGACGAAGAAUCAGCCGUCUACGAGACAACCAACACCGAUACCUCCAACGGCACGGCGGUAACGCCUCCAGAUGUGUUUCUCAACGCGAGUGUCCACGUGGGCGAGAUCGACAUCACCGUGUCGAAUUUGACGGCAAAGAUCAAUAUCGACGCUCAGGUGCUGUCACUGUUACAGUUCAAUGCAGGCGUCGACCUGAGCAUCAACCGCGUUGCGUUGACCAUCCAAAAUGUCUCGGCCAGAGUGGAACUGGAAGCACGCCUGGAGAAUUUAGUCCUGAUGAUUAACGACACCCUCAACUCGAUCGACCUAAACCCCAUUAUUGCCACAAUUGGCUCGGAUGUUGGGAGUCUAGUCAACAACACUCUGGGUGCUGGCGGCAGCGGUGAUUCCUCUUCUGGAGCAAGUGACCUGAGCGCACGUUCCUUCGACCUGGACGAGGGCAUCUUAUAUUCGGUGAAUGAUUACAGCGGCAACACACAUACCAACCGCAUCUUGGCCCAGUCUGGCGACAUUGUCGACCAAUCUCUUCACAAUGACGGCUCCGUGUACGGUUCACAAGUGGUCGGAUCGUACUGGCACGACAUGACUUUCACUGGUCGAGAGAGAACCGUGAUAUAUAACGGAGAGAACGUCCGUGAGCUUGAAUACACGUACACCCCGUUCAACGGGCUGAGCGUGAUUGUUGCCGUCUUUUUGGAUAGCCAGGGUAAUGUUGUUGGAACGAAAGUCCUGAGCGAGUUGGAGGGUGGAGGGUCGAGUACUAUCGCCAAUGAAGAGGACUGAAGCUGUCAAUCAUGGUAGAGACGGUGCAAGUUAGGAAGAUGCCGUAGCUCAGUGUUCAUCCGGCACAAAUCUACAUCUUUUGAACCGCUCA